CCGGGUCGUGCACCCCCCAGAGUUUGUUGCCCAUUACCUGCUGGAAAUGGUUUAAACAAGUCGCAAUCGCAUGCUGCAUUAGGAAAGUGAAAAAGAAAAGAAAAGAAAAGAAAUGUCAAUGUUGGAUACUUUGCCCAUUAAGACAGGCCAGAAGACAGGAGAGCAGACGCCGUGAAUAUUAAUCAUGACAAACGGACUAGAUGCAACAAUCUUGCAGCCAAAGAAAAGUUGUAGGGACGUCUUCCGCCAGUGAUGGCCGGGUCAGCUGCCGGGCAAAGUAGACUGUGGGACAGGGGUGCUGCAACGGCGGCGGCAGUCAAACCCAGAGGCGGCAGUCUGAAUGCUAGAUUACCUGGUCGAGAGGGACCUCUCUUAGAUAACAAUUCACCUUUCGGACAUGCUGAGAACAGAUUGUCAAGCAGCUGCAGCAAAGAGGGCACAUUACUGGCCGGAAAAUUGGACGGUUGGAAGUCGUUGUCGCCAACAUCUCAGCUGCAAUCCUUACGUUCAAGGACAAGAACCACGCUCAGCGAGAGCAAGGUCAGGAGCCGCAGUUGGUCUCAUUAUGACCAUCAUGGCCGGCACGAUCAUGAUGACAAUGGCGGGAACAGUGGCGGGGGUGAUGGCACUCGUCGGCGCACUCCAGCAUCCCCUUUGGGGCUACCAUCGGCAGGGGCGUCCGUGCCGAAAUUACAUAUCGAUCGCGAGAGUGUUCUGCGAUUGCAUCAUAGAAGCGGGGCCUCGCUACAGACUCUGAGUGAGAACCCCGUAAUAUUGUCGUCGUCGUCGUCGGUUGCAACACGUCAGCCUUCGUCCCACCAUCACCCAGAUUUUGAGCCCAUGAACAAGAGCAUUCCUGAUCGCCGAUACGGUGGCCUGACUACUGCUCCAAGGAGAAAAGGAGACGAGCUUGCAACGGGUUCGUUGUCGCCAGGGUCAUCGCCCUCGCCACACAUCCUUGCGGGAAGUCAUGGCCGCUUGCUCACGGAACAGCGCACUACUGGAGGUACAAGAUCCAUACCUCGCGGUAGCAGUACACCCUCUGCUAAUGCUGCCAGUAUUGGCAAGUCGUACACUGGUCGCUCUACUGUAUCGGAGACUGCAUCCCCUAAUGGGAAGGGAAGUAGUCGUGCUGGCGGGACGGGCGUGUACCUUUCAGAGAGAAGCAGAAAGCCUAGCAGCUCUGCUGCUUCUUCCACAAAUUAUUGUAGUAGUGAGAGGCGGCAAAGUGUUCGUCCAAGUAGAUCGGCCACUUCAUCGUCCCUGUCAUCAUCAUUAUCGUCGUCUUCAUCUUCGUCACCACUGCCAUUGGGCAUUCUGAAGGGAUGUUCCCGGUCGUCAUUGCAAUCCUUGGGGAGUAGGAGUUCACCGUCCGUGGACUCUUCUGCGUCGCCGUCGACAGUCCUGCGGGGCUGUGCGCAGAUGUCCUGCUCCUUGGUGGGCCAUGAUAGUUCGCCAUCCACAGGGUCGUCAACCGAAACUCCACGUUCAUCUCACCCUCCUUGUCCAGAGGGUGUCACCCAAAGUGGCUCUGGAUUUGGCAAGGGUUCUCAUAGCUGGGGAAAUAAGGAUCUGAUGAGAAGUGGAGAUAGAAGCGGGACAACAGAAGCAGGAGGGAGAGGGAGAGGAGGAAGAGAAGGAGGAGGACGAGAAGAGUGGGACAGCAGCAAUGAAGCCGGAGGCAGUGGUGGGGGUGGGAGGGGGGGAGGUGAUGACUGGACUACAGAGAGAGGAGAUGGAGGAGGUCUGAGGAAGCCGCAGAGGAAAGGGAAGGGACUUGUCGGUCUCGAAAACCUCGGAAACACGUGCUUCAUGAACAGCUGCUUGCAAUGUCUCAGCCACACAAUUCCAUUAGUCGAUGCCUUUCUGUCGUCUGAUCCAACGCAACCGCAUGCAGUGUCGCGCAUGCGGAGUGGCAGUUUCUCGGCCAGCGGAAGCUUUACCUCUCGGAGGUAUGUUGGACUUGCGCAAGCUUUCCGUGGUGUCGUCAAGCAGCUGUGGUCCGGUGGAACACAGUACUUUGCACCGGUGAACCCAAGCGAGUUCCUGGAACGCGUUCAGGCAUGGGCGCCUCAGUAUUGUGGAAUGGACCAACACGAUUCUCAGGAAUUUCUGAGGAUGCUGCUGGAUGGACUGCAUGAGGAGUGCAAUCGUGUGGCAACGAUUCCAGGGUACAAGGAAGUGAAUAGUCAGGGGGAUGAGCACACACUGGCCAGGCAGGCGUGGGAAUUCCACAAGUCGAGAAAUGACUCGAUCAUUCAAGAUAUAUUUUGCGGUCAGCUCCAGAGCACUAUCGAGUGUAUGACAUGCCGUCGGAAAUCUCAGUGCUUUGACCCAUUCCUCGACCUUUCCCUGCCCAUCCCGAAGCGGUCGCUUUCUUGUGGCGGCAGUUCUAUCACAAUUCAGGAUUGCCUUAGCGCGUUCACGGCAGAGGAGAGACUGGAUGGGAGAAACAAGUAUCACUGCGAGCAUUGCAAGGCACCAAGGAGCUCUACAAAGAAGCUAAGCAUAUUCAGGCUGCCACCCAUUCUUGUCCUCCAUAUAAAAAGGUUUUGCGGCGCAAGGUUUUCGUCUUUCACCAAGGACUCAACCCUGGUUAAGUUUUGCUUGAAAGGCCUGGACCUAACAAACUUCAUGGGGCUAACGGUAGCUUCCGGAAGUGCCGGACGACGCCCUGUUUAUGAUCUCUACGCGGUUUCUAAUCACUCCGGCUCUUUGGGCGGGGGCCAUUACACUGCUUAUUGCAAGACCGCGGAGGAGAAUUCCUGGUACUCCUUCAACGAUUCCAUCGUCACACCCAUUGGCGAGUCGUCGAUUGUGAGCUCUGCGGCUUAUCUUCUCUUCUACCAGCGACGAGAAUGAGAGAUCAUGGAGGAUCAACUUGCGUCUGCGAGACAGAGCCGUGCCUGUACGUGCAACUCACAACCCUCCUCUCCGUCGUUUUCCACUUUCGUGC